UGACUUUUGUUAAUAAGAUCUUCUAAAGCGCUCUUAAAAAUUCCUCCUGGUGUACAAAGUGUUUUUGGAAAAAAAUUGUGAUCCUGAAAGGAUUUAUUGGAUGAAGUUUGUGAGACAAAAAAAAAGAAAUAACUGCAUGUGAUUAAAAUUUGGUGGCUAAUCCAGAACUAUUUUUUUUAUACCAUAACGUAAAAUUCAGACGCAUAAUGAAAUUCCAUUUAUUGGUACUUUCUGCUGCGAUUGUGUCAACAUUUCAUCUUGGAAAAUGUUUAAUUGUUCCGGCCCAGCAAGUUGACCCAAAUGCGGUUGUAGGAAGUCCAGAACACAUUGCAUCCCUUCUCCAAGAUGGCUUUAGAUUCAGGCGUGAUGCUUACGGAAGAGGAUACCAUCGUGGUCAGACACAGUCUCAAUACUUGAAUUUUGGUACUGUGCAAAAUGAAGGAAAAGCUGAAGCGGAAGCUACUCAGCAUGGAACACGAGCAUAUGUGGCUGGUUCCAAUGGCAUGGGACAAGCUCAAAGUCAGUCUGCUGGCGGAGAUUGUGGUGAUUGUGUGGGUGGAGCGGCUGGAAGUGGAUCUUUUGAUGGUACUCGUCCUGAUCCUAUUCUUCAUCCUGGCUUAAAUGGCAGAACAAGUGGUCUUGUGGAUAGCCAAGGCCGCCCAAUUAUAGAUAAGCUUCAGUUACCAGACGGACGUCGUUGGACAGACACAAGACCCGGCGUAUCAGACGAAAGACGUGGUCCAGGAACCCAAGGAGUAGGAACCGGAGGAGCACAUGCUGGUCAAACAGGAUUACCUGCUGGACGAUACCAACCUGGUGUAAAUGGUUCUCCCGGUGGAUACCCUAGUGGUACUGUCGAUGGAUCUGGUAGACCAACUGGCCAAUUUCAGCCUGGAUAUGGUCCAAAUGGGACACCUGGAGGAAUUUCUGGUGGAUUACCAAGCGGUAGACCAGGUGGAACGCCAGGAGGAGUACCAGGUGGAACACCAGGGGGAGUAUCAGGCGGUACAGCAGGAGGAGUAUCAGGUGGAGGUGGACCCGGUGGAUUUCCAGGAGGAGUACCAGGAGGAGCACCAGGAGGAGGACCAGGUGGAUUUCCAGGAGGAGCACCAGGAGGAGGACCCGGUGGAUAUCCAGGAGGAGCACCAGGAGGAGGACCCGGUGGAUUUCCAGGAGGAGCACCAGGAGGAGGACCAGGUGGAUUUCCAGGAGGAGCACCAGGAGGAGGACCCGGUGGAUAUCCAGGAGGAGCACCAGGAGGAGGACCUGGUGGAUAUCCAGGUGGAGCACCAGGAGGAGGACCAGGUGGACUUCCAGGAGGCGCACCGGGAGGAGGACCUGGUGGAUAUCCAGGAGGAGGACCUGGUGGGUAUCCAGGAGGAGCACCUGGUGGGUAUCCAGGAGGAGCACCUGGUGGAUUUCCAGGGGGAACUGGUGGAGUUUCUGGGGGCGUAAAUGGACGUGGACCAUCUGGCGGUAAUGGAGCUGAUGGCGGUAGGGGUGUACCAAGUCAUCUUGAUGGAAGCAACGGUAGGCCAGGAAUUUCAUCCCCUGGAGGACAAGUACCUGGUACUGGAGUUACAGACGGUGGCGAAUAUCGACCAGGAGGGCCUGGUGCUGGAGUUUCAGGAGGACCAACUGCCGGUACAACAGGGGGACCAGGUUAUACACCAGGUGGAAGUUAUCCAGGUCCUGGAGGUUCUCCAGGAACUGGAUAUCAGCCAGGUGUUGGCCCAGGUACUACAUAUCAACCAGGCCGAAGCCCAGGAGCAGGAGGUGUAUAUAAUGGUGGUCCCGGUACUUUGGGAGGAAAUGGUUUAUCUGGUCAGACUGGUCAAACUCCUGGUGGCAUGGGUCCUGGUGCACAACCUGGAACUUCAGGCCAAGCAGGACAAGCCAUUAGACUUCCUCCAAAUGGACAGAGUCGCCCAGGAAGCGGUACCAAUGGUGCACUUGGUCCAUCUGGCGCAAUUCCCGGUAUUGGAUCUGGUGAUGUAACAUUAUGGACACCCACAGGACCAACAGGAUCUCCGACUAUUCUCUGUCUGACCAUCAGUUGUCCAGGAGGUGCAACUCCACAAAUAUCAGCUCAGUAUUUACCGUCGAAGCCUGGUCAAUUAGUUAGUGGUGAUGGUGUAUCUGGUCAUGGAGUUGGAGGUGGUCCUGGACAACUUCCAGGUCAAUACCCAGGACAAUAUCCAGGUGGUCAAACCCCUGUUGGUCCAGGAAGUGGAAAAACACCUGGUGGAUAUGGACCUGGAGGUUCUGGUGCUGUUAGUCCUGGUGGUACAGGAGUUGGGCAAUAUCCUGGCGUAGGUGGUCCUGGAACAUGGGGACAAACUCCAUCUGGCGGAUACCCAACUGGUGGAUCAGCAGGAGGUGUGCCUGGAGCUGGGCAAUAUCCUGGUCAAGUUACUGGUGAUGGAGGAUCUGGAACGCCAUUGGUUCCCGGAAGCCAAAUUGGUGGCCAAUACCCAGGACAAUAUCCCGGUGGACAAUUCCCUGGGGGUUCAGGGACCGGAGGUGUUCCUGGAACUGGACAGUAUCCUGGUGGUACAGGAGUUGGGGGUCAAUAUCCAGGAGGUGCUGGUGCUGGAGCUGGUGGGGCUGCUGGUGGUCAAUACCCCGGUGGUGCUGGUGCUGGAGGAGUUCCAGGUGGACAAUAUCCCGGAGGUGCUGGGGGAGUUCCUGGUGGACAAUAUCCUGGAGGUGCUGGUGUUGGAGGAGUUCCUGGAACUGGACAGUAUCCUGGAGGUGCUGGGGGAGUUCCUGGUGGACAAUAUCCUGGAGGUGCUGGUGUUGGAGGAGUUCCUGGAACUGGACAGUAUCCCGGAGGUGCUGGAGGAGUUCCUGGUGGACAAUAUCCUGGAGGUGCUGGAGGAGUUCCUGGUGGACAAUAUCCCGGAGGAGCUGGAGGAGUUCCUGGUGGACAAUAUCCCGGAGGUGCUGGAGGAGUUCCUGGUGGACAAUAUCCCGGAGGAGCUGGAGGAGUUCCUGGUGGACAAUAUCCCGGAGGUGCUGGAGGAGUUCCUGGUGGUCAAUAUCCAGGAGGCGCUGGAACUGGUGGUCAAUACCCAGGAGAUGCUGGUGCUGGCACUGGUGGAGCUGCUGGUGGACAAUAUCCCGGAGGUGCUGGAGGAGUUCCUGGCGCACAAUAUCCCGGAGGCGCUGGAGGAGUUCCUGGAACUGGACAGUAUCCCGGAGGUGCUGGUGUUGGAGGAGUUCCUGGUAGUCAAUAUCCCGGAGGCGCUGGUGCUGGAGGAGUACCCGGAGGACAAUAUCCCGGAGGCGCUGGUGCUGGAGGAGUACCCGGUGGACAAUAUCCCGGAGGCGCUGGUGCUGGAGGAGUUCCCGGGGGACAAUAUCCCGGAGGCGCUGGAGGAGUUCCCGGUGGACAAUAUCCCGGAGGUGCUGGAGGAGUUCCUGGUGGUCAGUAUCCAGGAGGUGCUGGAGCUGGAGGUCAAUAUCCAGGAGGCGCUGGCACAGGUGGUCAAUAUCCAGGAGGUGCUGGCACAGGUGGACAAUAUCCAGGAGGUGCUGGAGGAGUUCCUGGCGGACAAUAUCCAGGAGGUGCUGGAGGAGUUCCUGGUGGUCAGUAUCCAGGAGGCGCUGGCACAGGUGGUCAAUAUCCAGGAGGCGCUGGCACAGGUGGUCAAUAUCCAGGAGGUGCUGGUGCUGGUGGACUAUAUCCAGGAGGUGCUGGCGCUGGUGCUGGAGGAGUUGGUGGUGGUCAAUAUCCAGGAGGAGUUGGUGGACAAUACCCUGGGGGAGUUGGUGGUGUUCAGUAUCCAGGAGGCGUUGGUGGUGUUCAAUAUCCUAGUGGUUACAUUCCCGGUGGUGGUCUCAUACAAAGUGGUCAGUAUACUGGCACAGUUACUGGAUUUGAAGAUGAUGAUGCCUUUGCACAGGCUGAAACAGCAGUUAAAGAAGGUGAAGCCACAGCCAGUGCUCAAGGAAAGCGAGCAGGCGGCGUAGCACAAACUCAAGUUUCAGGAUCGUACAGUUCUGGCGGAUCGUUUAGUGCCAAUGCACAGACUUCUGAUAAAGAUCGUGCUGCUCAGGCUCAAGUAACAGGUAAUAAGGAUGGUGCAAUGAGUUCAGCUCAGGGUAGCGGAGGUGCAGCUAAAUCACAGUCACAGGUUUCUGUUAAUGAGAAAACUGGAGGCACUUCAGCAUCAUCCCAAAGUGGCGGUGUAAAUCACGAAAGUCAAUCUGAGGUACAAGCGAAUGAAAAGGGUGGAUUGGCUGACGCUCAAGCUAGUGGGCCAGGUCAGACAUCUUCUCAGGCACAAAUUGGUUUCCGACCUGAUGAUGGUGCAUCAAGUCAACAUACAGUAUUCAAUGGAGGUGGCCAAGCUUCAGCACAAGCUUCCUCUUACUCAGGACAGAGUCAGUCACAGAUUAAUGGAAAUUUCAAAUACGGUAUUUCUUAUCAUGGAGCUGCCCAAGGUGCUUCCGGGACAAAGGAACAAGUGAAUCAAUAUAGGGAGCAAAAUCGCGCAGUUUUCCAAACUAUCGAUCAAUUCCAAAGACCAAAUAGGGAAUCGCUACCUCUUUCAAAUGGAGCCCUAAAUACCGCUGAUCUUAAGUUAAGAGCAUCCCAUCAAAGUGUUUCUUAUCAACUACCAAACAAUACAGCUGCAGCAGUAGCUGAAGAUGAAGUAGAUGAAUAUGAAGAUGAAGAUGAGUACAGUGAUGAGGACUAUGAGACAAUUCCUGAAGCUAAAUCAGCAACAUCAGAGCAUAAAUCAUCGAAUGGAGGGGCAGAUGUUGAGACACCACCCGUUGGAAUUCCAACUCCUAAGCCCAUUCACACUUUCAGUCAAAAUUUUGGUGAUCAGAAGCAACAAACUACGGUCGUAGGUACAAAUAAUUUCCGUCUUAUUCAAAAACAAAAUGGGCAUACACAAUACUACCCUUCGUCGACUACAGAAAAAAUUCCAGAAGGUUUUAGCGGAAAGAUCGAUGAUCAGCGUGCUGAGAAAGCCAAUGGCCAUACACCAAAAGUUCUUCCAACGUUAGAACCAAAGAAAAUUACCACACGAUUUUUACCUUCUAAGCAUCAUGAGAUCAACGCCAAGAACGAAGGCAGUAACAAAAAACCUGAUAGCUAUGUCACAGUCACAAAAUCCGUAACAGGAAGCAUAGAUGACACCAAAAAGCCACCAGCAGAAACUAAGAAUUUCGAAUCAACCUACUACACUAAAUCAUCCACUUGUGGUUACUUUACAUUUUCAUGCAAUAUCGUUUACGGAUCGAACGGACGAAGCAAAAUAUGCCGUCCAAAGGCACCUACCAAUGGAAAAUGCUAAUUAUAACGAUUUUUCUUUAUUUCAAAGCCCGCCAAAAAUUUAUACUGCCUAGCAUAUUCAUUCUAACAGAACAACGAGGGUGUAAUAAGACAAGCUUUUUCUAAUUGUCGUAAUAAAAAAAUAUUAAUACACAAAAAAAAUUGAAAAAGUACACUAUUUUUUAAUCUAAAUACCUCACUAAAAGAUUAAUACUAUCUUAUUGAGUGACAAUAAUAAAUUAAAGUGUAUCACAUCAGUGUCGGUGUCGUCGUCUUUUUUUUUAUAAUGCAGUAACCGCUAAAAUAAUAGAGUCAAACAUAAAAUAAAUCCCAUAAUUCUUAUUAAAAAAAAUCAUGUAUAAAUAACUUGGUUAAUUUUUAAAAUUCUAAUGGAAUAGAUUUAUAGAAAAGUCUAAGAUUUAGCAAACAUUCAUUACAUCUCUUUACGUCAGAAAAGUGUAAACGGUUGCAAAAUAAAAAUAAUAAAGAAGCAUUAGAAUAUAUCGUGUAUAAGUUCAAGUAACUAAAUAUCUUUUGUAAGUAGGCAUCUGUACCAGGCUGACUCUAUUACUUUAACGGCCCCUGUAUAUUUUCAUCAAGAUUAAAAUAAAAUAAAUAUCUUGUAUGACAAAUUUAUUAAUUAAAACUUUUUAAUACUUGUAA